AUGGCAUCUGUUCCAAAUUCAAUCUCCUCUGCUACAUCAACCUCAACAAACAGAGUGGAUAGACAACGAAGAGAUAAUAUAAACUCUAAGAUACAAGAGUUACUGACGUUGAUUCCUUCUGAUUUUUUCCAAGAAUACUACAAGAAUAAUAGCAUUUCUAAUGCGAGCGGCACAAGUAACAAUAAUAUAAACCCUACAGAAUCUAAUUGUAGCUUACAAGAUGAUAACCUAAAUAUAAAAUUAAAAGGUACAGGUACAAAGGAUGGGAAGCCUAAUAAAGGACAGAUACUGACACAGGCAGUAGAAUACAUAACUUAUCUACAAAAUGAAGUUGACAAGAAAAACAGAGCCGAAAUAGAUCUAAUGUUAAAAAUCCAAGAAUUGAGUAAAAAGACAGGAAUAAUAAUUAAUGAUAUUAAUCUUGAGAAUACAAGUGCAGAAAUAAUGUUAGCUAAGAUUGGUGUUGGUCCUUUAAGCGAAAGUGAUGCCAAUUCUGGUAGCAAUAAUAAAAAUACUACGUAUUUGGCCGGAGGUGAAACUAAGGCAGAGUAUGGAGGGUAUGGCACAUAUAGUAAUCCAUAG